AUGUGCAACAGGACCGUUACAACUAAUUGUAAGCCGCAAGAGCAAAGGAUGAUCAUAGGAAAAUACAAUAUAAACUACGUAAAAGUGGGUUCCGGCCCACACCAUGUUUUAUGUAUACCAGGAAGUCUCGGCUCUUGGGAGGACUUUGGCUAUCAAAUAGAUGAAUUCAAUAAGGAGAAGUUCACACUUGUAAUUCUUGACCCACCAGGCUUCGGCAAGAGCAGGCCUCCUGAACGAGAAUAUACACUGGAUCAUCAAGAUAUAGACGCUACCGUUGCACACGCUCUUAUGAUGAAUUUGAAGAUACCAAGGUACUCACUACUUGGAUGGAGCGGUGGUGUCGUUCCCUGCAUGUAUAUUGCUGCUACACAUCCAGAUGUUGCCCAAAAGUUGGUGGUAUGGGGAGCGCAAACCUACGUACUGCCCUCUGAAGUAAAAUAUUAUCAAUUUUUUAAAGAUAUUACCCAAUGGUCAGAAGCAAUGAGGCGCCAAAAGAUUGAAAUGUACGGUGAAGAAACUCUUCUAAAAUUAUGGAGCGAUUGGGUGGACACCUUGACUACAUUUUCACGUAUACGAAAUGGUGACAUAUGUACUAAGGUUUUGCCGAAGAUCGCUUGCCCGACAUUUGCAUUGUGGGGUGAAAAAGAUCCUCUUGUAGCUCGUGAGCAUAUCUAUUACUUGCAAAAGCACAUUAAGAACUGCGAAAUCUACUUAUAUCCCAAGGGCAGCCACAAUAUUCAUAUGCGUUAUCACACAGAUUUUAACACAAGGGUCCAAGAAUUCCUCCUCUCAAAUUAA